AUGGAGAUAACAAGCACCGGCGCCGUGCUGCUCGCCAUAGCCGCCCUGGCCAUCACUGCAGCUGUCACCGAGAUCGCAAGACGACGACGACGAGGAGUCGCCUGCGAAACGCCGCCGCCGCCGCCGGUAGUGAACUGCACUGCUCUCCUGGGGCUCUUGCCCGCUCUCCUCAGAGGCGAUGUACCGGCGAUGAUGCGCCGGCUGUACACGGAGUUCGGCAGCGUGUUCACCGUGGGCGUGCUGAGGGUGACCUUCCUGGUCGGGCCAGAGGCGUCGGCGCACUUCUUCCAGGGGCUGGAGUCGGAGGUCGGCCAUGGCAGGCUGUUCGAGUUCACGGUGCCCAUGUUUGGCCGAGAGGUCGGCCAUGGCGUGGACGACGCCACCCGGAUGGAGCAGGGCCGCUUCUUCGUUGAGGCCCUGAAGCCGAACAGGCUGAGGAUCCAUGUCGACCCCAUGGUUCAGGAGGUUGAGAACUACUUCGCAAAAUGGGGGCAAGACGGCACGGUUGAUCUGAAACAUGAGCUAGAGCAGCUACUCCUGCUGAUCUCAGGCCGAUGCCUACUCGGCCGAGAGGUGAUGGCGAGGUUCGACGAGGUCUGCAGACUAUUCCGCGACAUCGAGAACGGCUUAAACCUGAUGAGCGUCUUCUUCCCCUACUCCCGGGUCAUCCCCUCCAACCGCCGCCGCGACGCGGCGCGCGAGAAGCUCCACGCCAUCAUCUCCGACAUCGUGAGAUCCCGCAAGCUGCAGGGAGACCACCACCACGACCACCAGGAGGCCGCCGGUAAUGGCAAGCACGACGUGCUCCAGAGCCUGAUCGACUCCAGGUACAGGGACGACGGGCGCGCCGCGGCGGAGGCGGAGGUCGCCGGGCUCGUCAUCAGCCUGCUCUUCGCCGCGAAGCACACGAGCACCCACGCCAGCGUCUGGACGGGCGCUCGCCUGCUCAGCCACCGCGAGUUCCUCGCCGCCGCCGUCGACGAGCAGGAGCACCUCGUCAGGAAACACGCCGCCGCCGCCGCCGACGGCACAGGCACAAUCACGGACCACUACGGGUUCCUGACGGACAUGCCCACGCUGCACCGCUGCAUCAAGGAAGCGCUGCGGCUGCACCCUCCGGCGCCGACGAUGGUCAGGACGGCGCUGAAGCAGUUCGCCGUCCGGACGAGAGAAGGCCACGAGUACCGCGUCCCGGCAGGGCACACCAUCGCGAGCCCCAUAGUGAUCAGCAACCGUGUGGCCUACAUCUACAAGGAUCCCCACCUGUAUGAUCCAGGCCGGUUUGGUCCGGGGAGAGAGGAGGACAAGGUUGGCGGGAAAUUCUCCUACACGUCGUUCGGUGGCGGGAGGAACAGCUGCGUCGGCGAGGGGUACGCUUACCUGCAGAUCAAAGCGAUCUGGAGCCAUUUGCUGAGGAAUUUCGAGCUCAGGUUGGUGUCUCCGUUCCCCAAGACAGAUUGGAGUAAGCUAGUGCCGGAGCCCAAAGGGAAGGUGAUGGUGAGCUACAAGAGAAGGCAACUGUCUACCACUUAAUAGCUAGCCUAUGCACAUAUAUACCUGUAUGCAUCGAUAUAUAUGUAGAGGCUCCUUACCGGUAGCAUCGGGAUGUAAUAUAUGUUUUUAUAUUCUUUUAUGUGUCAAACUCAAUCUUUUUUACCAUCCUCGAAAAAAAAUA